AUGCAAGCACUUGGGCACUCACGAGCAAUUGAACGACGCUUACAGGAAGCCGCACAAGCUAUGAUCAACUCAUUGGAAGCAGAAGAAGGGGCGCAAAGCUCAACGAAUACCACCAACCCCCCGGACCUACUAAAUGCCAUGCAGAACGGCAUGAACUCGCCAGAGGAUAUGCAAGCCUUCUUGAACGCGUUACAAAUGGGUGGGCAGAUGGGGGGCGAUGCCAAUGGCCUGCCCAGUGGAAUGUUCUUUGGCGCGGGUAAUGCGGGUGCGGGUGGAGAUGGCGCUACAGGAGCAGCGAGAGCCACCAGAAGGCCUGGAGCUGCCGGUACAAAGCAG